UUGGGCUUGGGCUGGAAAGGGGCAAUCUGCCUUGCUGAAAGCUGGAGGAUGUUCUGUAUGGAGGUUUUUUGUUUUGCUAAAGCAGCCUGAGUCCGAGUUCUAACCUGCAGGAGCAACCAUGUAGUGCAUUGCAGGGUUGUUGUAAGUCACUUAGCCUUAGCCCGCCCGGCCGCAAGCUGCAGCAGCUAUUUCUGUGGGUCACAGUCGCCCCCUUACCUGAUAGGUCUGGAACGGAGGAAAGGCCCUCUCGGUCUUGAUACGGAAGAGCUCCACACACAGAGAGACCCUUUUCGGUGCAUUUAUUCGAGUCGCCUUUCUGGAGCGCGUGACACCCAGCCGCCGUGGGAACCUAGCCGGCAUCUCCUUCUGCGGCUGCUGCCACCUUCCGUGGACGAGCCGAGCUGUCCCUCCGCGCCAGGCCGGCCGGAGGCGGCCGGACGGCUGACUUGUUUCUCGGGACGAUCCUUGCUCCCCCAAUUGCUUUGAAGGAGCUGCUGUCGCCGCCGUCGCCCGCUCGCAGCUGCUUCCGCCCGCGGCUGACCCGGGUGUGGAUCUGCUGCUGCCGCCAGACAGCGCUGGGAGGCGGCGCCGGAGACGCAGCGGCUGCACCACCCACCGGCAACGGGCCACCGCGGGCCCCGCCGCCGCCACCAGGAUGAUCUCCCCGCGGGAACGAGGCGGGGAGGUGGCUCGUUUCUACACGGUCACCGAGCCCAAGCGCCACCCUCGAGGAUACACCCUCUAUAAGGUCACCGCGCGGAUUGUUUCCCGGAGAAAUCCAGAGGAUGUCCAGGAGAUAGUCGUUUGGAAGAGAUACAAUGACUUUAAGAAAUUGCACAAAGAGCUGUGGCAGAUUCAUAAACAUUUAUUCAGGCAUACAGAAUUGUUUCCUCCUUUUGCUAAAGCAAUAGUAUUUGGGCGAUUUGAAGAAGGUGUGAUUGAAGAGAGAAGACAGUGUGCAGAAGAUUUGCUUCAGUUUUCUGCCAACAUCCCAGCACUCUAUAACAGCAAACAGCUUGAAGAUUUCUUCAAGGAUGGAGAGGUGCAUGAUGGGUCGGAAUUGAUUGGCCCUGCAGAACCCCUGUUGGAUUCCCUGACAGACAGUUUAUCUACCUGCAGCUCUGAAGCUCGAAAGGAUGCCAGUGGCCUUGAUGACGUGACAACUAGUCAAUCAGAAUAUGGAGGUUUCUCCAGUGACAGUGACCUGAUCUCUUUAACCGUUGAUGUGGACUCUCUUGCUGAGAUUGAUGAUGGAAUGGCAUCUAACCAGAAUUCUCCCAAUAGAUCCUUUGGUCUCAGCUUUGUUGCUGAACCUUCGGCCCAGGCCUCUGCCCUUUCAGACCAUGAAUGGAGCAAACCUGACAGUGAGAGGGAGAGCCGUGGUCUGUUCACUGGGAGCUUAAAAGCCAAGCUUGGCAGGCGAGACUACUUGGAGAAGGCAGGGGAACUGAUCAAACUAGCUUUGAAGAAAGAGGAAGAAGAAGAUUAUGAGGCUGCUUUUGGCUUCUAUAGGAAAGGAGUUGAUCUGCUUCUGGAAGGGGUUCAAGGGGAGUCGAGUCCAACGCGUCGUGAAGCAGUGAAGAGGAAGACUUCAGAAUAUCUUAUGAGAGCAGAAAAAAUUUCCAGCCUCUACUGUAAACCCUCGUCAGAAGAUGGAUCUAUUUCUGGGCCUCCAGGAUCACUAAGUUCAAGGCCCUCUUGGAACCUAAGGAGCCCUGCCGAGGAACUGAAGGCCUUUAGAGUCCUUGGGGUGAUUGACAAGGUUUUGCUUGUCAUGGACACAAGAACACAGCAGACAUUUAUCCUGAAGGGUCUAAGGAAAAGUAGCGAGUACAGCAGGAAGAGAAAGACCAUCAUCCCCCGCUGCGUGCCCAACAUGGUGGCUCUGGACAAGUACAUCAUCUCCGAGGAAUCAGUAUUCCUUGUGCUGCAUCAUGCGGAAGGUGGCAAACUUUGGUCUUAUAUCAGUAAGUUUUUAAACAGAACUCCUGAAGAAAGCUUUGAAGCCCCUGAUUCCAGAAGAUCCAGCUCCACCAAAAUACAUUUGCAGCAGGCAACUCCUAGUCCUCAAGACCUUGGCAGUAGCACUGACUCCAGGGGAAGCAAUGGUGACAACAGGUUAAAGGUUUUACCGUUGAAGACCAGUCUUACUCCAAGUUCUCAGGAUGGCAGCAGUAACCAGGAAGAUGGCCAGGAAAGUUCUCCCAAAUGGAUUGACUCUGGGUCCAAUUCAGAGGAAGAAUGCACUAACAGUUACCUAACAUUAUGCAAUGAAUAUGGUCAAGAAAAGGUUGACCCUGGUUCAUUAAAUGAGGAGUCUGUCUUGAAAGCAGAUGAUGUUACCAAAGAAGAAGAAGAAGGCUUCCAGGAACAUGAAGCAGUUGCCAGUGGGAAUUUAGGAUCCCCCUUCACAUCUCAGGAAGUAAAGGUUUUUGCUGAUGACACUGACCAAGAAAUAGCUAGUCCUACAAGGAUAUCAGAAUCGAUAAGUAAAUCCAAGAAUAGCCCUAUGGAGUUCUUCAGAAUUGACAGUAAAGAUAGUGCCAGUGAACUUCUGGGGCUCGAUUUUGGAGAGAAACUUUACAGCUUAAAAUCAGAAUCUUUAAAACAGUUUUUUUCCAUGCCGGAACGGGAUAGGAGUCUUGAUGUCAUAGAAAACAAAUUGGGCCCUAUAUCUCAGGAUACUAUCAGCAGAGGUUCCAAUGACUCUGUGCCAGUGAUCUCCUUUAAGGAUGUUGCUUUUGAUGAUGUCAGUAGCAUUGACGAAGGGAGGCCUGACCUUUUGGUCAACUUACCAGGCAUAACAGAGCAAAUGAAAGAUGCUGUCACAGAUGGGCCAACAAAGCUGACAGAACAGAACGGAGACGUCUUUGAAAGCAAGUUUCUGGAAACCCCUGAUGUCUUGCAAUUAAAUAGUAGCACAGAGCAAUGCAGAACACUUGAGCAAAAGGUCAACCAUUUGGUUGCAGAAGACUCAGGACAGCAGGGUGAUGACACUCAGGAAGUUCUCAGGACGUUCCAUAUGGCUGAUAGUGACCCAGCUGGUUCUGGGGACAGGACUCUUUUUCAAGGACUUGGAGCAGCAGCAUCUUCAUCGUUAGAUGCACUCAGCAUAGAGGAAAGUUUGUUGAUUCCAAACACGCAGGCAGCUACUAAAGAACGUAGGUUACACGUGGACAAUGAAGCCAUCCUGCUGUUUUCUGAUCAUGCUGAAGACUUGAGUAAAGAGGGAGCGGCCUCCGCUUUGUUGCACAAAGCAGAAAGCAAAGAGUCAGGUGCGAGGGGCAGAGGAGAGAAUGAAAUACACCAAAUUUUUCAGGACCUUGACGAGAGAUUAGCGCUAACCUCCCGGUUUUACCUCCCUGAGGGCUGCGUUCAAAGAUGGGCAGCUGAAAUGGUUGUAGCCCUUGAUGCCUUGCAUCGAGAAGGAAUUGUGUGCCGUGAUUUGAACCCAAACAACAUCUUAUUGAAUGAUCGAGGACACAUUCAGCUAACGUAUUUUAGCAGGUGGAGUGAGGUUGAAGAUUCCUGUGACAACGAUGCCAUAGAGAGAAUGUACUGUGCCCCAGAAGUUGGAGCUGUCUUUGAAGAAACCGAGGCCUGCGAUUGGUGGAGUCUGGGCGCUCUUCUCUUUGAACUCCUCACAGGGAAGACUCUGGUGGAGUGCCAUCCAGCGGGAAUAAAUACCCACACCUGUUUGAAUGUGCCAGAUCAUAUCUCAGAGGAGGCAAGAUCACUCCUUCGGCAGCUCCUGCAGUACCAUGCUGUGGAGCGUCUUGGAGCCGGAGUGGCUGGAGUCGAAGACAUCAAGUCGCAUCCCUUUUUUGCCUCCAUUGACUGGGUGGAGUUAACGAAGUGAAGGGUCUUGUGGCAUCAUCUGCCCAUGCUCAGGUCUUUUGACUGACACCUUUUUUUGGCUCGCUGCCAUUUAAAGGAAUUGUGGCUCUCGGGCAAGAAUGAGGAAAGUGGGAACUGAAAUAAUAGUGUCAAAGAGAGAACAAUUUAAACCAGAACCAAUGAUGUGGCAAAAUGCAAGCUGAAUUUUGGUGUCAAGAAGUUGCUAUGUGUUGCCUAAAGCGUGAUCUAAAUUCUACACUACUAGGCACAGAGCAUAGUGGCUCACACACCAUGGAGAUGAACGUCCAUAUUUUGGGAACCACCCACUCUGCUGAGAGGCUCUACAAAGUGCGUCUGCACUGGUAAUCCCUGUAACAAGGAUUCCCAGAUGUGGUUGACUAAAAUUCCCAUAAUCUCCAGCCAAAGGCCAUUGCAGGUGGGAAUGAUGGGAGUUGUAGUCAACAUCUGGGAAUCCCUGUUACAAGGGGAGACUGGUCCACACUACUGCAGCGGUGGGCUGUUCUGUUCCUACUAAGAAUUGUGCAAUCGCAGUUGCAACAUUAUUUCCCAUGGAAGUAGUGUCACAACUGCGAUUGCGCAAGGCUUAGCAGUAACGGAAAUGCCCAGAUGUACUUUGUAGAGCCCUUCAGCAAAUGCAGGUGGCUCUCAAAAUGUGGAUGUUUCUCGGCAAGGUAUGUGGGCCAGUACCCCUUUCACUGGAAUUAGAUGUGGCAGUGGUCUCAGGGUGGCCACUGAAAACAGCAGUCCCAUGUCAGCACUCCCUGUCUUCUCUCUGAAUUGCGUAGUUUCGGAAAUAUGGGAUGUGAAGUCCUCACAUCGUGCAUUUCCUCAUCUCCAUUUCAGCUACUGAGUCUCAGCCGCUGAGAUUGGGGAACACAUUGAAAGUGGGGGGGAUUCCGUGGAGACUUGAUGUUUUCGGCUGCAUCGCUGUGAAUGUAGUCAUAUCUAGUUCCAGCCUCGGUGGGGAAUCAUGUAAACGGGAAUGCACUCCUUGUGUUUUGUUUUGUUUUUCUUAAGUGAAGAUGGAAGUGUACUGUUAGCCUCUUAUUGUACAUGCUAACUCGCAGUCCACUUGCCAGCUGAAAACCAAUCCUUUUAAUGUAUCUUUUUUCCUGUGCUAGAUAUGCCUGAAGUGGGGUGGGGAAUGGGGAAAAAAUAACUUAUUAAUAACAUACGCUAAAUAAAAUACUAUGAUGCUUUUGCAAAAACUUGGCAUGUAAUAAGUGUAUCUCCAUGUUGGGAAAAAAAAUUACAAAAGCUGUAUCAUAAUAUCAUGUAAUGUAACUUCAAAAUGGUUGCAUAUUGUCUAUCAGAAGUUGGAAGGGGAGAUUCCUGAUACUAUGAUGCUGUUCUUGUUGGUUGGCAAUGUCCAUUUUUAAAGCACUAAUUCUUUGACCUCGAGUGAAUUAUAUGUUUAAGUCACUACAAAGGAAGGUUUCCAGCCAGAUAACGAUUGCUUUGGUAAUUUAACAUGGACCAAGGGAAUAGAAUGCUGAAUAAAUGUAUUGAUAUGAAUGAUGCUA